AUGGAGCAUCUACUGCAACACAUUACCGACAAGACAACUGUACUGGAAAUGUUGACGAAAACAUUUCAAGAGUUACCAAAUCCGGUGCAUGUUGAUUUUACCGAGCAAAAAUUGCGUGUCAUCAUUUGGUACGAUUAUGCCGGACAUUUCACGAAUAAAGUUUAUGUGUUCAGUAGUGUAGAUGAUAUGAAUGAUGAAAUAAGUGCAGAAUGCACACGCCUGAAGCCAACACCUAACGCACUUUCACAUAUCGCGCAUUUACGCUUCUCUGAGUGUUUUGACGUAACAGACGAGAAGGUAAUAGAAGAUGGAGCCGAAGGUGUGUCGUUAUGUGUAAUGCUUUCAAAUCUGCAACGUUCAAGUGUAGGAUGCCUGGAUAGGGCGAAUCUUUCGCAUUUGAAUUCCGAAGACUAG